ACAUUGUUUUAUUUUCUGUCCAGAUUUUUAUCAGGGCUCCUUUCUCUUGCCUGUGAGUGAAUUCGUGCCACUUGGAGGCGUUGUCAAAGAGAAUGCAGAGUCCAACCACGGCGCUCCGGCGUUCUUCGAGCAUCCCCUCGGAGAACAUACAGUUAAACAUUUGCAGGCGAGGAUUCUGAUUGGAAGAGCGGGGUAGAGCUGUCCAGGAAAUGGCUCAGGUUUCACCAGAGGGGGGGAGUGACCUGAUGAGGAGAAGGGAGGAGAGGAGAGAGUGAGAGAAAGAGAGCGAGCGAGUGAGAGAAGGGAGUGUGUGUAUGUGUGUGCGUGUGUAUAUGCAGCAGAAAAAGCGAUCUUCGACUUGACAAAGCUUUCAAAAUUCCAACGGGGAAUUCUGCAUGAAGUCUACCUGGAUCAGAGACGUCUCCUUUUAGAGAGCGAUGUUUUCGGCUAGAAGCUACUCUUUGCUUUUCCAAGGCUGGAAGUGUUGGACAAGCUUUAACUGUUCAGAAGUGGAAAAAAAGUUCUGUUGAUGAAACUUAAGGGCUGAUUUCUUUCUUUUUCUUUCUUUCUUUCUUUUUUUUUUUUCCCCUUCAAUCUGAAGCCUGCCCGCGGAUCACAGAAGUCAUGUUUGCACUCUUCCCUAACCUGGGUUUUGCAUCCAAGUUUUGAGUACCUCGAACCGGGAAUAACCGAGGGACAAUUGUUUUCUUCUGGUUGUUUUUUCUCCCUUGAGUUUUCCCCCAAAGGCACCGGGGGUUCGUCACUUUGAUUCAUCCUGUACAUACGCGCCUGCUGUUGGGGUAAAAAGGCAGAUCGCAUUUUCUCCGAGCUUUGCCAUUCAAGCAGCAGCAGCAGCAGUCACAAUAGCAGCCACAUUUCUGAGCCCUUUGCAGGCUGAAGGCAUUGCUUGUGGUCCAUGCUUGUUUAGAGGUGUUCAGAUGGGAUUAAUGUCCACAUGGAACUAUGGAAGAGGACCCGGGAUUGGCACAGUGAAGAUGGUCAGCUGGGGUCGAUUCAUGUGCCUGGUCUUAGUCACCAUGGCAACAUUUUCCCUGGCCAGACCAUCAUUCAAUUUAGUUGAGGACACCACCUUAGAACCUGAAGAGCCACCAACCAAAUACCAAAUCUCUCAGCCAGAUGUAUAUGCUGUUCUGCCAGGAGAGCCCCUUGAAUUGCGCUGCCCGUUGAAAGACGCCAUCAUGAUCAGUUGGAAUAAGGAUGGGGUACAAUUGGGGCCCAACAAUAGGACAGUUCUUUUUGGGGAAUACUUGCAAAUUAAAGGCGCCAUUCCUAGAGAUUCCGGCCUCUAUGCUUGCACUGCUGCUAGGACUGUAGACAGUGAAACCUUGUACUUCAUGGUCAAUGUUACAGAUGCUAUUGCCUCAGGAGAUGAUGAAGAUGACAAUGAAGGCCCUGAGGAUUUUGUCAAUGAUAACAAUAAUAUGAGAGCACCAUAUUGGACCCAUACAGAGAAGAUGGAAAAACGGUUACAUGCUGUUCCAGCAGCUAAUACAGUGAAAUUUCGUUGUCCUGCCGGAGGAAAUCCAGUACCAACUAUGAGAUGGUUAAAGAAUGGAAAAGAAUUCAAGCAAGAGCAUCGCAUCGGUGGAUAUAAGGUACGAAACCAACACUGGAGUCUUAUCAUGGAGAGUGUGGUUCCAUCUGACAAAGGGAAUUAUACGUGUGUAGUUGAAAAUGAAUAUGGAUCCAUCAAUCACACAUACCAUCUUGAUGUUGUUGAACGAUCUCCCCAUCGGCCCAUCCUCCAAGCGGGGCUGCCCGCAAAUGCUUCCACAGUGGUUGGGGGUGACGUGGAGUUUGUCUGCAAAGUCUACAGUGAUGCCCAGCCCCACAUUCAAUGGAUCAAACAUGUAGAAAAGAACGGCAGUAAAUAUGGGCCAGAUGGAUUACCCUACCUUAAGGUUCUGAAGGCCGCCGGUGUUAACACCACGGACAAAGAGAUUGAGGUUCUCUAUAUUCGGAAUGUAACUUUUGAGGAUGCUGGGGAGUAUACGUGCUUGGCGGGUAAUUCUAUUGGGAUAUCCUUUCACUCUGCAUGGUUGACAGUUCUGCCAGCACCUGUAAGAGAAAAGGAGAUUACAGCUUCCCCAGAGUACCUGGAGAUAGCCAUUUACUGCAUAGGGGUCUUCUUAAUUGCCUGUAUGGUGGUGACGGUGGUGUUAUGCCGCAUGAAGACGACCACCAAGAAGCCGGACUUCAGUAGCCAACCAGCUGUGCACAAGUUGACCAAGCGCAUCCCUUUGAGGAGACAGGUAACAGUGUCUGCUGACUCCAGCUCUUCCAUGAACUCCAAUACACCCUUAGUGAGAAUAACAACUCGGCUGUCCUCCACAGCUGAUGCCCCAAUGUUGGCAGGGGUCUCUGAAUACGAAUUGCCCGAGGACCCAAAAUGGGAAUUUCCAAGAGACAAGCUGACUCUGGGCAAGCCCCUUGGGGAAGGUUGCUUUGGGCAAGUUGUGAUGGCAGAAGCAGUGGGAAUUGACAAAGACAAGCCUAAGGAAGCAGUUACCGUGGCAGUGAAGAUGUUGAAAGAUGAUGCUACAGAGAAAGAUCUUUCUGACCUAGUAUCAGAGAUGGAGAUGAUGAAGAUGAUUGGAAAACAUAAAAAUAUCAUUAAUCUUCUUGGAGCCUGUACCCAGGAUGGUCCACUGUAUGUGAUCGUUGAAUAUGCUUCUAAAGGAAAUCUACGAGAAUACCUCCGUGCCCGGAGACCCCCUGGGAUGGAAUAUUCAUUUGACAUUAACCGGGUACCAGAAGAACAGAUGACUUUCAAAGACUUGGUAUCCUGCACGUACCAACUAGCAAGAGGCAUGGAAUACUUAGCAUCACAAAAAUGCAUUCACCGAGACUUAGCAGCCAGAAAUGUUUUGGUAACAGAAAACAAUGUGAUGAAAAUAGCAGAUUUUGGCCUGGCCAGAGAUAUCAACAACAUAGAUUACUACAAAAAGACCACAAAUGGACGACUCCCUGUCAAAUGGAUGGCUCCCGAGGCCCUUUUUGAUCGGGUGUACACUCAUCAAAGUGACGUCUGGUCCUUUGGGGUGUUAAUGUGGGAGAUCUUCACUUUAGGGGGAUCACCCUAUCCAGGAAUCCCAGUGGAGGAACUCUUUAAGCUGCUUAAGGAAGGCCACAGGAUGGACAAACCAGCUAAUUGCACCAAUGAGCUUUAUAUGAUGAUGCGGGAUUGUUGGCAUGCAGUACCUUCUCAAAGACCAACAUUUAAGCAGUUGGUAGAGGACUUGGACCGAAUUCUCACUCUCACAACUAAUGAGGAAUACUUGGACCUGAGUGGACCUCUGGAACAGUAUUCACCCAGUUAUCCUGACACUAGAAGCUCAUGUUCUUCAGGAGAUGACUCUGUGUUUUCUCCAGAUCCAAUGCCUUAUGAACCAUGCCUUCCCAAGUAUCAGCACAUAAAUGGUACUGUUAAAACAUGAAAAAAAAAAGUGAGUUCUCACUUCUUCAAAGAGAAGGACACCUGGGAACUUAGAACACCAACCUACCUACAAUGAGCAGGGAGAUGUUUUCUCCAAGAAUGUGUUGUAUCGGCUUGUAUAUAUGAAUAAUAAGGAAUAAAUAACACUUGGAGAAAAAAAAUGGUCGGGACACGUGUAAGGAUUUAUACAUUUUUGAAGCUCUUAACCUUCACCAGGAAAAGAUGAAUGUUUAUGGGGAGUGGACAGCACCGCCUAGCACACCACAUCAACUUUCUGGCCUGCUGGAAGCAGCAACUGGAAAUUUACUGGCAAUGGACUAUUUGGACUUAAGGCAAACAUAAGUUCUGCCUUCCUUGUUUAUUUUGUAAUAUUUGGAGAAAAUAUAUGUCAGCACACACUUACAGAGCACAAAUGCAGUAUAUAGUGCUGGAUGUAUGUAAAUAUAUUCAAAGUAUGUAUAAAUAUAUAUAUAUUAUAUAUUUACAAUGAAUUAUUUUUUGUAUUGAUUUAAAAAUGGAUGUCCCAAUGCACCUAGAAAAUUAGUCUCUUUUUUUAACAGCUAUUUGAUAAAUGCUGUUCUACACAGAAUUUCUUAAUUUUCACCCAGUAGAGGUGGAAAAAAGACUUUGCUUUCAGGGAAAAUGGUAUAACAUUAAUUUAUUAACUAAUUGGUAAUGUACAAAACAAUUAAUCUUUUAUUUUUUUGUAAUUUAAAUGGCAUUUCUAUACAGGCAGCACAGAGAACUAGUUGGCAUAUUGUUCAGACUUUACUAGCUAUCAGAUCCUUUGAAAAAAAGAAAUAUUUACAUUAUAUAACUAAUUUGGGGGAAUUAAGCUUUGAUUUAUUUGUGUUUAAACUAUAGUGUCAGAUGAUUAUUCUUAUCCAACCCAAAAUGUCCAUAUUAAGAGAACCCUUUAAUAAGAAGGUAUUAUAUUUUUUUGUAUCCUUGGUAUCUAUCAUUGAUUGGAACCUAUGUAACAUUUAAUUGUCCUUCCCAGGAUAAAGAGUACCAUCACCCUCUUAAGAAGAUGCCUUAACCUAUUCCUAGAGGCUCCUAGAGGAUGGAGCUGACUUGUAAUGAUAGCAGAAUGUACUUCUCUCCCGGCAGCUGGGCUUCUGCCCUCAAGUUGCACAUUAAUCAGAUUAGCUAGUAUUCUCUUCAGUGAGUUCUGAUAAUAGGUUCCAGAUUCUUUGGCCUUAAAAGAAGCCUUUUAGGAUCUUCAAAUAUUACAAAUGAAAAUCAAAAUGCAAAGUUAUUCUGCUGAUGAUUGAAGAAUACUACCAUCUUUUUAAGGGAUUGCUUCAGCCUAUCUCCAACAGGACCUCACCCAAAGAUCAGGCCUAGUACUGAUAUCAGAGGAAAGAUCACUGUAUUAAUCAUUUUGUAUUAAAGUAUUGUGUUUUGCUUUCAAAACACCCACUCACUUUGUUAUAGCCAUGCGGUAUGAAUGCAGAUUACACUGAUUUUACGUAUUAAGAAAUUGGAGAAAGUAUUAAAAAAAAUGGUUAACUUUUGUACUGACAAUAAAAUGUUUCUA